AUUUUACAUUUAUUUUCAGGGUUCCCAGGCGUGAUUGGCUGUAUAGAUGGCACUCACAUUCCAAUCAUUGCUCCUUCAGUAAAUGAAGGAGACUAUGUGAACAGGAAGUCUUUCCACAGCAUUAAUGUACAGAUCAUAUGUGAUGCUGCCAACAUUAUCACAAAUGUGGAAGCCAAGUGGCCAGGCUCUGUUCAUGACUCACGAAUUUUUCGUGAAUGUACACUGAGCACAAAAUUUGGACAUGGAGAGUUCACUGGCUACUUGCUUGGUGAUAGGGGGUAUCCAUGUUUACCCUAUUUGCUUACCCCUUACCCUGACCCUGAACCGGGCCCACAGCAGCGAUAUAAUCUGGCUCACUGCAGGACAAGAGCCAGAGUUGAAAUGACUAUCGGAAUGCUUAAGGCCCGGUUCCAGUGCCUUCAAAGACUCAGGGUCACCCCAGAAAGGGCAUGUGACAUUAUUGUGGCAUGUGUGAUUCUUCACAACAUUGCCACAAUUAGAGGAGAACACUGUCCUUCUUAA